AUGCUCGCUCCUCCCCGACCGGGCAUCUCGAGCGAGGCCUUCACGGCAAAACCAAUUUUGUCUUGUUCUCCACCGUCAACGUCUGCUACGUCGCCUUCUCCUGUAUCGGCCAAAGGACUCCCCACACCAGCGCUGGACAAGCAGCACCGACCGCCCACCCCGCGUCCAUCGACAUCGCCCACGCCUUUGCCGCCACCGGUAGAUCAUUGGGCCCAACCGAUGAGCACGGGUUCUGUCUGCCACGAGUGGGUGCUGGAGAGCGAGAUUUUUGGAGUUUCCCGCGAUCAAGGAAGAAUGGGCGACACCAAGGGGAAGGGGGACGGACAGGACGAGAAUGACGCCGCCAAGGUGGACCAGGGCGCAGACACAGUCGACAGUCGCCCGUACAAACGGCAGCGGGCGGGCCAGUCGUCUCGGAUCGAAACAAUGACGUACGUGCUGUAUUGCCCCAAUGGACGCAAGGUGCUGCUGCCGACGGUCGGCAUCGUCGGCGUGGCCCAGCUGUGCCUGUGGGCCGAGGACAGUGAGACCAGCAGCAGCAGCAACAGCAACAGCAGCAACAGCAGCAGCAACAGCAACAGCAGCAACAGCAGCAGCAAGACGGCCAACAGAGACGAGCCGCCCACGACAAGACCCAUCCCGCUGGUGCCUUCUGGGCCGCCGCAGCCCAUCCGCCUGUCGCCGCACCAGCGCAUGACGGUGCGGGAGCUCGUGCGCAUCAGCCCGCGCUUCCACUUUGUCAUGACGCCACACACGACGUCCCUCGCGCUGACCAAGGCCAUUGGGCUUGUGUGUCCCGCGGCGGCGGCCGCGAUGCUCGCCAGCCUCAACACGACGUCCACCACAGCGCCCGCCACCGAAACGGGCCACCUCGUGACCCACGUCUCGCGGCUGGUCGGCGGCCGCUGGUACUGCCGGCGCGCGCCGCUUGCGUCCGUGCCGCUCCUGUGGCCGGCCAACACGACGCUCGCCCUUCCCAUCACGCAGCCGCUGCCCUUGCUGGCCCUGCCGCGCAAGAUGACCGUGCACGUCGGACCCGAAACGGGCCCCGGUGCGCCAUGGCCGCCCGUGGUGCACGAAGAGGUCCUCGGCGAGGGCCUGACGUGCUUGCGCUACGACACGGCCAACUCGCUCGCGGUUGUGCUCAACCCCCUCAAGGGCCAAGUGUUUACGAUGCAGGGCGCGGCGAAAGGCGAGACGAAACGAAAGGAGAGGUCCGGUCCGGCACGCGGCGCCAAACGGCGCAGAAAGCGGUCGUCCUCUGCGUCGGCGUUGACAGCAACAUCCAAGUCGCCCGUGUCCAAGUCCAACUCUACAUCGAGAUCGACACAAUCCCUUGCAUCGGCGCCGACACAGCCCUCGCCCAUGGGCACACGCACGCUAAACCCAGCGGCCCAGUCUCCCCCGCCGGAGAAAAAGCGUGGGACAACGUCCCGCAUCAAAGCCGAACCCGCCGCCGGCCACGAGCCACUUCGUAUACAGGACCGGUUUUACGAAUAUGUACCACCGCGCGGCCGUGACCUGGUCCUGGACGUGCGCAACGACAAGCCCGUCCCUCUCCCCUUGCAUCCAAAGGCUGCCUUUGGCCCGCGCAAUCCCCUCACGGACCAGUCCCAGUCCCAGUCCCAAUCACAGCCACAGCAUCAAGCGGCCGACCGACGACAGCGCGGACCAGACUUGCAGCCGCUGCUCGCCGACGCGCCACGGCCGCACAUGCCCCAACGACUGCCACCGCUGCGCGGUCUGAUGCAGGAGGUGGAGGCACAAUGCCGGGCACAAGGGCCCGCGGCGGCUCGACCACCGAGCCAGCCACCCACACCCACAGCCAGCCCUGCGCUCCCUUCUGGACCGGCCGUGGCCUCCCACCUGCCGCAGCACCUCCACCAGUUCCUCCGCCAGGCACCCGUCGGCGCAAGGACGGUACAGGGGCGACAACGACUCCCUGCAGGCAAGGGUGGGCCGCAGGGCAUCAGCAUUACCAUGCAGCAGCACGUCAGGAGCUCGGCACAGUCGCGGUGGCUGUGGAACGGGUUGGUGGAUGAUGAUUCGGAUGUGCCCACGUCGGUCCCACGUCGGGCGUUUGGGGUUCCUAGGUAG